GGAAAAAUUCUAGGCACCGGCCCCUGUGAAUGGUUGUGGUCAAUCGGGACGUGAUCAAACGGGACUCUUCCUGCGAAGAAAUUAUGAGAGCGUAUCAAGCUUUGGGAAAUUUAUCUGCGCGGGAGUUGAGCUGUAAAUAAAACUGAAAGUCUAACCUCAAUUGUCUCGUCUGCAGAUUCAUUUAUUGUUAUUCCGUAGAAAUGUCUUCGUGUACAUCAUUUUAAACGAUACUCUUUUCAAAAAAUCUCGUCGAUUAUCUUCGAGGUGAAAUGAAGCAGCAGACGGACUGCGAAGUAACGUGGACUUCUCUAGAACUCACCGGCCUCCUAGAGGAUGAGGAGGCUCACGUGCAUUUUACGAGGACAAUCAAACACCUCGCAUUACAUCCGUAUCACUUGAACAAUGUUCAACGGGGUCUGAAUCAGAUUUUGGUUUCAUCAUUGAAUACCUAUGACAGAGAAUUGAAGGGAUUUGUGCUGGCUUUUAGAAAUUCUAAACUGCUCAACAAUCUUGGAGCAACACUCUAUGACUCUCCCUUUAUUCAUGUCGACAUUGAAGCAGAUUUCUAUCUGUUUCGUCCAACGGUCGGAUCUUUUCUAAAAGGUGUAGUCAAUAAGAAGGGAUUAGAUCAUAUUGUGGUACUAGUGCAUAAAAUAUAUACCAUAUCUAUUCCGAAACCAGAUGAUGUAGAGGAAUGGCCAGGUGAUUCAGUGGAGAUCGGUCAGGAAGUGAAAUGUUGUGUGAAUCAAAUAGAUAACAAGAGUAAACCCCCUUUUAUUUGUGCCAUUUUAAAUUCUGAUUACUCGCAAGGUUGUAAAUUAUUAGAAAGUAUAAAUAAUAUUGAUAAUAUGGACAGUGCAAUUGAAACCUACAGUGCUAAUAGCAUUGUGAAGAUUGAAAAUUCCAUUAACGGAAUGUCAGAAGAUAAAGAUGAUAAUGUUUCUGAGAAAGAGAGGAGAAAACAUCGAAAGAAACACAAGAAAUCUCGUGAGAGUUUAGAAAUUGACUUGAAAAUUGAAAAUGAAUCAGAAAUCGAAACAGAUAAUGUAUCUAAAAAACAUAAAAAAAGCAAGAAAAUAUCUAAAUCAUUUAAUAACGAUACAGAUUUGGACGAACAUAUAGAAAUUCGUAAAGCUGUAAAGAGAGAAAAUUCCAUUCCAUUAGAUAGUGUUACUGAAAGAGAAACGAAAAAGAGAAAGAAACAUGCGAAGAAAUCUCGAGAAUCUGACUCGGAAUUUGUAAUUGUAAAGAAUGAAGAAGGAGUAAUGAAUAAUACAGAGAGUACUAUUUCAAUUCGUAUUAAAUCUGAAAAAGAUGAGCAACAUGAGAACUAUAAUAUGCCAAACACGAGUCUUUCUUCAAGUAAUUCAGAAAUAUUAAGUAUAUCUAAAAAACAUAAAAAAAACAAGAAAUCGCCAAUGGUAAUGUCAGAUUCAGAAUCAGAUCAUAUUGUUAAAAUAAAGAUUGAAAAGCAAGAUCCAGAAAAUCAAUCAUUUUAUAGCGAGAAUCAAGCUGCGCAAAAAGUAGAUGAGAUUUUUAAAACGCCUAAAUUUAUAAAAAGUGAAGAUUCUGACAAAGAAAGAAAAAAAAGUUCUAAGAAACAGGCUUUAAGAGAUUCACUUAAAAUUAAGAGUGAAGACGAUGUAAUCAAUGAUGCAAAUGACGCCUUGGAUAAAGAAAGAAAAAAGAGUCCAAAGAAACAUGCGAAAGCAUCCAGAGAUUCAGACUCAAAAGCUGAGUUUAAAAUUAAGAAAGAAGUCGAAAUAAUCAAUGAUACGGAUAUUUCUGAUAAAGAAGGGAAAAAGAGUUCAAAAAAAUACGCAAAGGCAUUUAAAGAUUCAGAUUCAAAAGCUGGGCUUCGAAUUAAGAGUGAGAUCGAUAUACUCUAUGAUGACACUUCUGACAGAGAAAAGAAAAAAAUUUAAAUAAAUAUUCAAAUGUAUCGGAAGAUUCAUAUCUUGAUGUUAAAAUUAAGAGUGAAAAUAUAACAGAUGAUAGUACUUCUCGAACAAUUAAAUGUGAUCCUGAAGAGUCUUAACAUGCCAAACACAAUACAUCGGAAAUAGAUAACAAUUCAAGCAGUUCAAAUCUCGAUCAUGCAUCGAGAAAAUGUAUGAAGAAUGUACGCUUACGAUAUUAUCGACUUCAGAAUUUAAAUGUUCCAUUAAAAUAAAAAUUGAAAAUGAUUGAGUCGAUAAAGUGCUAUUGUGUAAACGUUUUUCGUAAUACAGACUUGAUACAGAACUCUCAAAUUCUCAUAUUGAGAAAAAAGAAGCGCUAUAUGGAAAUGUAUAACAGUAAAUAUUUUUUGUAAUUAACUGGUAUGUACAUUGAGCAAGUUAGCGUUUAUAAUAAAGUCGAAUGAUAAAACGAAAUAGCUAUGUAUAGGAAUGGUAACAGCAUGUAGUACGAAACAUAAAAACAUUUUAUUCACAGAUACAAACUAUUGUAACGUGCACACGUGUCGUAUUUGUGUACUCUGCAAAUCGGAUUUGAACAUUUAAAGUUGUAAAUUGUGCACUGUUUAUGAUAAAAUUAACCGGAGACCACUAAUUGUGUACACAUUCGGUAAUUUAUUUCAAUCUUGUUUCUCUGCUAUUUUGUUUAAUCAGCAUUUCCAACGAAUACGAAUUUUUAUAAACAAU